GUCGGGGCGGCUCCAGGUUUAAUAAACGUUUAAUAAAAGAGGCGUUCGCUGUUAGCCAGCUUGCUAACUGUAGGUCGGCAUGACUAACGUUACUUCUCUGGCCAUUUAAACAUUACUCGUGGACCCUGGUGCUAGAAAAUCAAUGUAGCCUGGACAGAACCCGGGCCUUACCCCUGCUGCAAUUAACGCGUCUUGGGCUUUAACAGAUUUUUGACAGAUGGCAGUUUUGACCACGCCGAAUACCUUCAGAGAAGCACUUGAAGCCGUGUUUGAUUUCAAACAACGGACAGCCUGCAAUGUGGACACGUCAGCUGAAAGUAACUUAAUAGCAUGUGUUUGCCGCUAAGAGGCGUCACCUGUCGGUCCACUUUCUAAAGAGUCAUCAUGUGAGCCAUUAGCUUCUUGAUCACUGUCCGACGCCUCACUAAGUUCCUGCCGCAGGCUCUUCUGAUCCUACCAGUCAGCUCCACGUAUCCCGGCGGAGGGAGGAGGGAUUCAGGAGCACAGUAUCAACUGGUACAGUGUGUGUAAAGAAGCGCAACAAGUUCUCUGGCUCCCCUCUCACAUUGGGCUUAUCUUGUCGGCAAGUACUUGGUUGACAAGGAGGAAUGACAGAUCUGUAGGCUGCUGCGGGAUUAUGGCUAAAGGAUAACAUCCACCGAGUCUCAGUCCUUCAACCCAAAGUGACCCCACCUUCCCCUUAGUUUUUUUAUCUGCAGCCCUCUCUUCAAGCUUUUUUUUUUUUUUUUUUUAGUUCAUUGGCUUGUCUCUAGGAUUUCAUGGAAUGCAUACAUUCCAAAGUAACAUCAUGUAAAUUCAUUUUAAAUCAGACCGUCCGUCUGACACCCUCCUGACCAAAGGACACGAUGAAAUAAUUGCAGUAUAACCGGAUAUUAAAUCCUUGCCCAUCUGAGAUUUUAACCUCAGUCAGUAGCAUUCUCACUCUGGUUCCAUCACUUUUUCCCUACCAACCCCACCCAUUUUCUAGUGUAAUUGGGCCAUGGUUCGCAAGAAAGGUUCUCUUAUACUAUGCGGUGCUUUCCUGUUUGUCACCUGGAAUGCUUUGCUUCUACUUUAUCUUUGGGGUCGCCCUCCUAUUGGCCGCCUCGGAGAAGGUGGUGGAGCUGAACCAGGAGGAAAAGAGGAGUGGGGCGUGGGUAGAGGGAAAGGAGUCAACCUUGCCGGGGAGGUGAUCCGGCUUGCAGAGGAGGUCGAGCUUCAGCUUGAGAACCAGAAAAAGCUACUUAAGCAGAUUGAAAGUCACAGAGCAGUGUGGGCUCGACAGAAAGACGUUGGGAAAAGAGAAACGGAUGACCUAAAAGAAGUGGAAGAGGUUGUUGCCCAGCCACUAAAAACUCUGCUUCCUCUCAAAAACUCAGUGGACCAAACUGAACAAAAACAUACACAGAAGCCUGUUCAAACUGUGGCUCCAGGCUCAAAUUUAGAAAAACAUCGCACUACUGAAAUAAAGGAAGAUACCCUUGAGAACAAUAAAAUGACGACUUCUGCUUCUAGUCCAGAAGUUGUCAUUCCUAUUCUAGUUAUUGCUUGUGACAGAGUGACAGUAAAGCGAAGCCUUGACAGACUGAUACAAUACCGCCCUUCUCCAGAACUAUAUCCAAUCAUUGUCAGCCAAGACUGUGGUCAUGCAGAGACAGCUCGUGUGAUUGGCUCAUAUGGAGAUCAAGUGACACACAUAAGCCAACCGGACCUGUCUGACAUCAAAGUCCGGCCAGAGCACAGGAAGUUUCAGGGCUACUAUAAAAUUGCCCGGCAUUACCGUUGGGCACUCAACCAAGUUUUCAACACGUUGUCCCAUUCUAAUGUGGUCAUUGUGGAGGAUGACCUCGAGGUGGCACCAGAUUUCUUUGAGUAUUUCCGAGCUCUGCAUCCGAUCUUGCAUUCUGACUCCACCCUGUGGUGUGUUUCUGCCUGGAAUGACAACGGUAGAGACGCUUUGGUGGACCCAUCCAAAGCUGAGCUGCUCUACAGAACAGACUUCUUCCCUGGUCUAGGCUGGAUGCUGCUGAAAGAGAUGUGGGAGGAGCUGGAGCCCAAAUGGCCCUCGGCCUUCUGGGACGACUGGAUGCGUCAACCGGAGCAGCGAAAGGACCGCUCUUGCAUCCGCCCUGAAAUCUCUCGGACUAUCACAUUUGGUCGGAAAGGUGUCAGUUUAGGUCAGUUCUUUGACCAGUACCUUCGUUACAUUAAGCUAAACACUGAAUUUGUGCCUUUUACCAAACAGGAUUUGUCAUAUUUGUUAAAAGAGAAGUAUGAAGAAAAGUUUAUCAAAGAGGUUUAUAGCGCCCCGUUGGUGAAGAUUGAGGACCUCCAGCAAGGGGGUAGUUUAAGAGGUCCUGGACCAUACAGGGUGCAGUAUUCCAGCAGGGACAGUUUUAAAGUGUUCGCUCGAAAUCUGGGGGUGAUGGAUGACUUAAAAUCUGGAGUUCCUCGUACUGGUUAUAGGGGCAUAGUCAGCUUCCUGUACCGGGGACGAAGAGUUUUCUUGGCUCCACCAGAGGGCUGGACACAGUAUGACAUCAGCUGGAGUUAAGAGACUGAUCCAGGGUGUACAGUAUGAAUGGUGUUGAAGAGGGAAGACGGCCUUAUUCAGAGGGACACCCUCUCAAACCAAAGAAUAUGGCAGAUACAGUGGUUAAUGAAGAAGUUCAAAUGGCACAUCACUGGAGCUGGAAGGAUUGUUUGCAAAGCUUUCAAAAUAUGGUGCUCAUUCAGGAUCAGCAAAGAUUGCUCAAACAGACUUCACAGAAAGUUCAUAUGGAAAGCAAAUCCCACCCUUAAACACUGUUUCAAAGCAUCCAUUGGCAAUGUGCCUUGCUUUCUGGGCCCUUUUGUUUGAUGUAAGUUUUUUUCUACCAUUAACUGGACUUAACAUCACAUUUUCAUGUUGCAGCAGCUGCUAAAACUAUCACCAGUAUUAGUGAUAAUAAAUUGGAGGCUAAACACGAGGAAGAGUGAUCAUUUAUAGAACACAUUGAAGGUUAUUGAUAGAACCUGUUAUAGUUUAGUCAAAAGAAAAUGGGAAAACUCACCGUUUUAGGUGGUAAACAGUGACCAUAUUCAGUGCUGAGCAGUCAUUUCCUCAAGUGAUAGCCCUGGUGGAUAUUCUACAGCAGUGGUAAAGUGAGAAAUAUCUACAGAAUAAUCAGCGAUAUUAACUUCCUAAAUGUUACAGACGAUGUGAUCUAAUACUAAGACAAUAUGUCAGAGCCUUGCUUUGCUGCUUGGAACUCUCACAUUCUGACUCUGACCCAAUGGCUUCACUCUUCACCAUUCCAAUGGGGAUUAAAUUUGUAUGAGGAAUUAUAAGAUGAAACAUGAUUCUCUGAGAAUAUUUUUCACAGGACACGUAGCAAAUGUGCAUAUAAGACUUGAUCCUGCUGAUUUUUCUUGAUACAGUCAAUUAGAAAAGUGGAGAUAAUGGUGCACUCUCAGAAAGUCCCUGGAGUCCGUGCUGUGCAACAGUGCAACUUAUUAUGCCCCUCACUCAGUUAGAGCAUCAAGUCAACGUGGGCAAAGGCCUGUCUGUAGCUCUUAGUUGAAGGAAGAAUGAAGUUUUCAUGGCUAAUUUCUUGCUCAAGCAGAUAUUGACAUAACUAAUUGAAAAAUGUAUUUGGUGAUGUAUCGGAGUAGCAUGAGUAUCUUGGCAUUAACUCAAGUGUGAUGGCUUAAGAGAAAUGCUUUGCUAGAAGGAACACCAUGUUAAAAAUAUUGUCAGAGUGUCACCAAUCUGCUUUUCCGCAACACCCUUCUCUGUGGGUGAAUUAGCUGUCGGAACGUGCUGAAGGAAGUCGUUAAUAUGAAGGAUGAAUCUACAGUAUAAUGGAAUGUUGUUUUGAAAUUAUUUUUAGUCUCUUGAACUUAAAGUUCGAGGCAGUUUGAAUAGCUGCACAUGACAAACAGCUCAGUCUGAACCCCCGAUGAUGACUUGUCAUUUCAUGACAUCAAAACUGGCGUGGUCAGCCUAGGUUUAUUUAAAAACCCACAGUAGUUUUGGUGUAUUAUGUUUUUGUUACUACAAGAAGAAAGCUGAGGAAUGGCUAGAGAAAUGAUUAUCACUGUACUGUAAUUAGCUUUGGGAGAUUAUCCACAAGAUUGACUGAUUCCCGUUUCUGUAUGGUGAUGUGUAAAACCACUGCCUGAUGUGUUUAUAACUUUAAUACAUUAUAAAUAAAAUCAACUAUUUUGAUAUUCA